AUGGUCACAGAGGACCAAUACUACUUAGAUCGCCGAUACAACGGCAAUGGAAGAAUCCGAGGUGGAUCUCGAGGUGGAGGAGGAUUCAGAGGCGGAUCUAGAGGAGCAUAUCGAGGAGGCGAGCAGCGCGACGACAACGGACGAGGAUUUAAGCCUCGCUGGAGGAAGAAAUGCUUUGUUUGCCAGAAGGAAGGAUGCUGGUCUACCAACCACACAGACGAAGAGCGCAAGGCUGCCCGUACACAGUUCUUCUCUACGCUAUACUUUACAGGUACACAGCCCCCCAAGGACUUCUCCGUACAUCUUGCAGAAUACGAAGGGAUCGAGCACACUAGCCAGUACAAUCAGAGAGGCUGGAGAGAGGAGGAAGACGAUGACGACGUCGCGGAAGCAUACCUUGAACAGCAGUUUUUCACGGAGCAAUGCCUUGCAGAUCAGGCGUUCUUGCACCACAUCUCUGGCGACGACGUAUACCGCCAAGACGCGCCAUCAGCGCCAGCGUCACAGUUCCUGCUUGAAGACCGCUACACAAGAUCUGUGUACCAAGGGAUCCUACCGGAUACAGGCGCUGCCAACGUAUCCACAGUUGGCAAGGAGCAGUACCUUGCACUCACAAGGGAAGAUCCUACAGUUAGGAUGGAUACGUCUACAGCAGGAAAGGCAUCUAUCAAAUUCGGCAAGGGCGAGGCUACAUCAUCUAUUGGCACUGCACAGGUCUCUACAGACAUUGGGACGAUCAACUUUGAGGUGCUUGACGCACCUACACCAUUCUUAUUGUGCCUUGCAGACAUGGACAGGUUAAAGGUCUACUUUAACAACACCACAGAUGAGCUAGUCCAGGGUGACGUACACAUCCCUGUAAUUCGCAAAUGGGGACAUCCUUGGUUCCAUCUGAACAAAAGAGAGAGAGCAACUGUGUUCCUGACAGAGACAGAGUUGCGACGGCUCCAUCGACGAUUUGGACACCCAGCUGUCACGCGACUUGUUAAGCUCUUAAAGGAUGCUGGCCAUAACGACUUCGAAGAAAGAACCCUAGAAGAAGUCACUAAGUUCUGCCACCACUGCCAGCUCCACAGCUCCGCACCGCGCCGAUUCAAAUUCACUCUCAAGGAUGAUCACCACUUCAACUAUGAGAUCCUGGUGGAUGUGAUGUACCUGAGCAACAAACCUGUACUGCAUGUGGUCGAUUCCUCAACAGCGUUUCAAGGCGCGAGGUUCCUUAGCGCUAUCUCAGCUAAAGAAACAUGGCAAGCACUGCGGAUACUAUGGAUCGACACGUAUCAAGGACCACCAGACAUUAUCACGCAUGACGCAGGCACUAACUUUGCAAGCACAGAGUUCCGCGCAGAAGCAAAGAUCAUGGGAGUCACAUGCAAGCAAGUACCUACGGAGGCGCACUGGUCUAUCGGCAAAACUGAGAGGUACCAUGCACCUCUACGCCGCGCAUGGGACAUACUCUAUGCAGAACUCACUGACACUAUGUCCGACGACGCGAUUCUCCAGAUGGCUGUGAAGGCUGUCAACGAUACUGCUGGCCCCGAUGGACUAGUCCCGACGCUACUGGUCUUUGGAGCGUACCCACGAAUGACUGCAGAGUCACCGCCAUCCCCGUCAAUGGUCAAGCGCAGCGAGGCUAUUCAAAAGGCGACGAAAGCCCUACGCAAGAUCACGGCAGAGCACCAAGUUGCAGACGCCUUGAACACCCGCAAUGGACCAGCCACUGCAGACAUGCUCGCGCUCCCACUCCAGAGCGAAGUCUUAGUAUGGAGAGAGAGUGAUGGCUGGAAUGGCCCGUACAAGAUCGCCAGUACAGAUGGCCACAACGUCACUGUUGACAUGGUCAAUGGUCCAACGACAUUCAGAUCCACUGUCGUCAAGCCAUACUACAGACCGGACCACCUUUGGAGCGACCCCGAUGCGCCACACGCGCCGAAUGAGCCGCAUGAGCCGGUAGCAGUACCACCGGCAGUGCAACCACGCAGGAGAGGCCGCCCUCCAGGGUCAAAGAACAAGCGGAAGGCGCACGCGUACAUCACCAAGAAGGAGCAGGACGAUCUUGAGCUAGCUAUCAAGCUACGAAACGAUGGAGUGAUCACAACCUCAGGCGCCCCCUUUGAAGCGUCUGAUGACCAAGAGAUUAGCGACCUCGUAGGUCGUGGAGUCUUUAAAUUUGAGCAAUACGACGAGAGGCUACACAGCAAGAUCCGGAUCUUCAAGUCACGCCUAGUACGUGAGGUCAAGGGAAAGACAACCAAGCCCUAUGAGAAAUCCCGCCUAGUUAUCCAAGGCUACCAGGACCACGGCAAGGAGACUAUUCUGACGCAAUCUCCAACCAUACAGCGAUGUAGCCAGCGCCUGAUUAUGUCGCUGGCGCCCGAGAUGGUACAACGCGGAAUGAACAUCGAGCUCCGUGACAUUACGCAGGCGUAUCCCCAGGCGCAGACAACCCUGAAGAGGACGAUACUCGCACAUCUUCCUACUGAGCUAGUCCAUCGAUAUCCAGAAGGCACGCUACUCCAUGUGAUCAAGCCGCUGUAUGGAAUCGCUGAGGCAGGAGUCCACUGGUGGACAACGUAUCACGGACACCAUUGCAAGGAACUGGACAUGGCAACAUCGACGUACGACCCAUGCCUAUUGAUCACGAACAGCGACGACGCAGGCAUCUUCGGCAUCGUUGGCAUGCAGACAGACGACACUCUCAUGCUCGGGACACCAGCGUUCUCGUCACGUGAAGAGAAGAAGAUCCAGAAGGCAGAGUUCAGGUCAAAGCCAAAAGCAAGGCUGACACCAGAAGUGCAGUUAGACUUCAAUGGAUGUACACUCACGAUGGACGCCAGCAGAGUCUUGACCCUUAGGCAGAAAGGACAAGGAGGAAGGAUCAGGCUUGUGGAUAUCAGGGCACCCGACCGCGCGCAACAGUACACCGAGCAGCGCGCCCGCGGAGCGUACAUCGCAUCAACAUGCCAACCAGAGGCGUCAUUUGACCUGUCCGUCGCUGCUCAAGCUCAGCAACCAUCAGACGAGGACAUCAAGGCACUCAACAAACGCCUGAAAUGGCAGAUGGAGAAUCUCGAUCGUGGCCUGCGCUACGUCACUGUCAAUCUUAUGGAGGCCAAGUUGAUGGUCUUUGUGGAUGGCUCCUUUGCCAACAACAAGGACCUCAGCUCACAGCUAGGCUUUGUCCUUAUGCUCGUCAACGAGUCUAUUGACGUCAACACCUUCACAAUACAGGGCAACGUGAUCCACUACAGCUCUACAAAAUGCAAGCGCAUCACACGGAGCGUACUGGCCUCAGAGAUCUACGGCAUGGUCAACGGCUUUGACAUAGGCAUUGCAGUUGCAACCACGCUGAGGAUAGUUACAGAACGACUUAGACUACCUGCAAUUCCCUUGGUUAUCUGUACAGACUCGUACUCCUUGUACGAGUGCCUAGUAAAGCUUGGGACGACGAAGGAAAAGCGUCUCAUGAUCGACAUCAUGGCGCUGCGCCAAUCAUAUGAGCGUCGCGAGAUCACGGAGAUCCGCUGGAUCAAUGGUGAAGACAAUCCUGCAGACGCCUUCACCAAGGCAUCGCCAAACCGCGCUCUUGAACGCUUUAUUGACGGCAAUAAGCUGACAGUCCGAGUAGAGGGAUGGGUGCAGAGGCCGACAAGCUUUGAUGGUUGAUGCUACACACAGUUACCAUCAACACAUACUGUCACUACCGAUACAAGCAGAGUUACUAGCUACCCAGAAAGAAAAGACUUCCAGUGUCGGAUCGUGAGUAUCGGUAGAGACGUCGGCUGCUGGACACUUCGGCCCGACUUCGGCCCACCUUGCGCAGAGCUUAGGUAUACCUUCGUAGCAGCUGUGUUCGUAAUAAAUCAAUCACCAUCACC